UGCUGCUCACGAUAAGUGUGUUUUUUUGAAUUUAACCGACAAGUCGCGUCGCUUUGCCGUCUUUCCGCUCGUGAUUUCAUACCAUGAAAGCCAUCAGUCCUGUCCGCUCGGUGAGGAGCUGCUACAAGGCCGUGUGCUGCAUCUCGGAGCAGAGUCUCGCCAUCAGCCGGAAUAAACACUCGUGUCUGGAGGAGCCCGUGGGCGCCCUGUGCGACAUGAACGACUGCUACUCCAAACUCAAGGAGCUGGUGCCCAGCAUCCCGCAGAACAAGUCCGUCAGUCAGGUGGAGAUCCUGCAGCACGUCAUCGACUACAUCUUUGACCUGCAGAUCGCUCUGGAGACGGAGGACACAGCCACGCCGGAGAUGGUUUUGUCAAUAAAGACUUCGGACAUUACUCGGACUUUCUCCACAGAAGAUGGGCGGUUGUGCCAUUAGGACGAGGAUGACACAUUGUGGUGCAGGGAAACACAUGUCUCCACUUCACUCCGGGCAAGAGGACAAGAGGGGCAGAAAGGGUGGGAUAGGUAUUUGGGAAAAAAGGAGAAGACAGAGGAGGAGGUGCAAUUUUUAAAGAAAGAGGAAAACGCCGUCUGUUUCCUAGAUGAGUGGGGAUCAACAGUAGUGCAUGAACAAGAAAACAGAGACUCAUUCUUUUGGCUCCUGGACAGACAAAUCAACACACCAAAGCAAAGGCCAGGAAUGCACUGAACUGAAAGCAACCAACUGUGUAUGUCUUCCUCGCAACGCUGGGAUUCCUCAUAGAUAGAAGUAAAAACAUUCCUACAUUGUCCUUUUUAUUUUAUUUCAUUUUUGUUGAACAUUCCACACACAGUUUUCACAAACUGAUCCCCACCCUUCACAAAGUCUUGUAUCGCAUAAUUAUCACCCCUUAAACAAUGUUUUCGAGUGAUCUGGAAUGUGUUAAAACCUAAAGACAUGUGCAUCUAUCUGCUGUGUGUAUGUAUGGUGCGAGUCAGUUUGGAUGUAUGUAAUUUUUUUUUAAUGGGAGUUUUUUUUUGGUAUAAUCCAAACUCUAUACUAGAGUUAAUUAUAAAUGUUUGCGGGGAUUGUGUAAUUUCUACAGACAGAAUGCUAUGAGUUUCAUAAACUCCUUAUAAUAAAGUUUGCUUUGUAUGUAUGUUAUGUAAAGAAAUAAAAGGUUAUGUGACAGUUUGA